AUGUGUUGUAGCUGCCUCCAGUCACCUCGGCUGAGUGACGACGACCUCCUCAGCUCCCCGUCCUCGGAUGAGAAGAUGGACACAGCAUCAGAGUCUUACCGCUCAACACAACACACACCCAACUCUAUACACGAUGUAGACCAUGAGAAUGAUGUGUUGAGGUUACAGAACCCUAACAUAAUAUCCACAGACCAAAUACUAGACAAUAACGUCACUAAAUUGAAGACCGAACUCAAUGAUAGCUUUAUAUCAAGAUUCACAACACUUACGCUGAAUUCUCCAGAUAAUAAAGCCCGAAAUAUAGGUAUAAGUACACCAAAAUAUAGUUCAACGCUCACAUUAACUACCAACCACCCACUCAUGGGGCUUGCCAGUCCUGAUGAGAACUGCCCUAUAACAAAGAAGAUACCUAGAACAGAAGAAGAGAAAGAUCUGAGCUUAUCCAGUAUAGAAGAUGAUAGAACAACGAAUAGAUAUGAAUUCUACACGCCACAGAGGAAUACUUCAAAGAAUAAUCUUUACUUCUCCGAGAACUAUGUCACAGCAGACAGUCAGUUUCUUAGCGAGUCUUUGAAUGUCACAGAGGCCAAAGAUCAGCAUCAGAAAAGAAUAAUAAUACCAAGGUUCCUUGAUACUCCUGUGAAGGAUACCACACAGCAGAAUAUAAGUGUGUUCCUGAAUUCAGAGAGAGAAGGAAGAGAUAAGAAGUACGCAGAAGAAAGAACAGCCUUGGAUGUUAUAGAUAAAGAAGAUUUUCAUUCCGGGGUCGAGUAUCGAGACUCCCCUCCACGAACAGUUCCAAGUUUUGAUCUGCCCAUUGAAAUGUCUAGCAACAUUGGGAUGCAUAAUGGUGUGGAUUCCCCUGACGUGGAGUCAAUAUCAACUCAAGAAGACAGAUCCGCGUACCAAGCAUUACUGGACCCUUACACAGGGUCAGUGGCCUUGAGACACACUACACACAGGAGUAACCCGCCUAGAAGAAAAGUACAACUGAAAGUAAAUGUUUUGUAUGUGACCUUUGACCCCCAGCCGCCCGAGGAGGACGAGUGUAGCCUGGACAGUGUGAGCGGCGGCUCCUUGGAGUCUGAAGACGAGCCGCCGGCCGUGGACACGCACGACCCUACCAGCGAGGAUGAUACUAAGAGGUCCAAGUCUACAGCCACAGUGAGUGAGUGCAGUGACCCCAUCCCCGAGUACUCGGCGGCCGAGGAGUUCCGUGAAGAACGCUCCUGGCUCAGCGUCACACAUGGGGGAGGGAGAGCCGUGUGUGAUAUGAAGGUGAUAGAGCCGUUCAAGCGCGUGGUGUCUCACGGCGGGUACGAGGCGGGGGGCGCCGCGCUCAUCGUGUUCAGCGCCUGCCACCUGCCGGACACCAGGAGACCCGACUACAGAUACGUCAUGGACAACCUGUUCCUGUACGUGAUGUGGAGCCUGGAGCGCCUGGUCACGGAUGAGUACGUGUUGGUGUACCUGCACGGGAGCGCGGGUAGACGGAGGAUGCCCACCUUCGCCUGGCUGCACGAGUGUUACAAGCUGGUGGACAGACGGUUAAGGAAGAGUCUCAAGCGUCUGUACCUGGUGCAUCCGACCUUCUGGUUGAAGUCAUUCGUCGUUAUCACCAAACCAUUCGUUAGUUACAAGUUCUUCCGCAAGUUAUCGUACGUGGAGAGUCUGAAGGAACUGUUUCAACUGGUGCCGGUGGAACCCAACGCUAUACCCGACCUGGUGAAGGAGUACGACGACCGGAAGAAAUAA